UUCACUUCGACUUCAGAGAACUGAAAAAAAAAGUGCAUUACUUCUAGAGUCAGGAAGUCGAAUGCACACAACAGACUUUGAAUGGCCUAAAAAUGUUGCACCUUCUGGAUUUCUCAUGAAGGUUUGUUUGAGUACCUUAUUAAAAUUGUUAAUUUUUUUAACUCCAUUGAAAUCUGAAUUUAUUGUAAUACAAAUGAAUUUAUCGUUAAUUGGUAUGAGAGUAGCACAAGUGUAUGAUAUAGAUCAUAAGACGUACCUUAUCAAACUUCAGAGAACAGAAGAAAAAUGUGUGUUACUUCUAGAGUCAGGAAGUCGAAUGCACACAACAGGCUUUGAAUGGCCUAAAAAUGUUGCACCUUCUGGAUUUAGCAUGAAGAUGAGAAAACAUCUUCGAAAUAAACGCCUGGAAAGUAUGAAACAAUUGGGAAUUGAUCGUGUAGUAGAUUUACAGUUUGGAUCUGGCGAAGCUGCAUAUCAUAUCAUUCUUGAAUUGUAUGACAGAGGCAAUAUUAUUCUCACAGACUGUGAUCUAACAAUCUUGAAUGUGUUGCGCCCUCACACAGAAGGUGAAGAAGUUAGGUUUGCAGUGAGAGAGAAAUACCCUUUAGAUCGAGCUCAUCAGCGAAAGGUUCUGUCACAGGAAGAGGUGGAGGCACUUCUAGCAACAGCAAAGCCAGGAGAUAACAUUAAAAAUAUUCUUAAUAGAAACACAGAAUACGGACCUGCGAUUUUAGAACAUAUUUUACUCGGAGCUGGUUUUGCUGCAAACUGUAAACUGGGAAAAAGUUUCCAUGGGUACAUAGUACAGAAACGAGAUCGAAGACCACUUGCAGAUGGAGGAGAAGAGGACUUUUUCUCAAAUCAGGAAUUCCACCCCAUGGUAUUUCAGCAGCAUACAAACAGCCCUUUACGUGAAUUUGAGUCUUUUGAUGCUGCUGUUGAUGAGUUUUUCUCAACUCUUGAGAGCCAAAAAAUUGAUAUGAAAGCUCUACAGCAAGAAAAGGAGGCUUUGAAGAAGUUGGAAAAUGUUCGCAAAGACCACUCACAAAGACUUGUAGCUCUGGAGCAAACCCAAGAGGUUGAUCGGAGGCGUGCUGAGCUCAUAACAAUGAACCAGCAAUUGGUAGAUCACGUGGUAAUGGCUGUGCGAGCCAUGGUUGCAAGUCAAGCUUCUUGGCCAGACAUUGAGGAGAUGGUGAAAGCUGCCCAGGCCCAAGGAGAUCCAGUGGCAUGUCUCAUUCAUGAGCUGAAACUCUCAGUGAAUCAUGUGGCUUUGAAACUCAGUGAUCCAUAUGCAGAUACAUAUGAAGAUGAUGAUGAUGAUGAUGAUGACGAUGACGAUGGUGAAGAUAAAGAUAAAAAAGAAGAUUCAGCAAAGUCAAUGAUCAUUGACAUUGACCUUGAUCUAACAGCAUUUGCCAAUGCUCGAAAGUACUACGAUCAGAAACGAAGUGCUGCCAAAAAACAACAGAAGACAAUAGAUGCACAAACAAAAGCUUUCAAAUCUGCAGAAAAGAAAACAAAGCAGACUCUGAAAGAAGUGCAAGCUAUAACUCAUAUUAAUAAGGCACGAAAAGUUUUUUGGUUUGAAAAGUUCCACUGGUUUAUCAGCUCUGAAAAUUAUCUUGUAAUUGGUGGCCGGGAUCCUCAACAAAAUGAACUUAUUGUGAAAAGGUACUUGCGUGCUGGGGAUGUGUAUGUGCAUGCUGAUAUUCAGGGAGCCAGUAGCAUUGUGAUCAAGAACCCAAGUAACCAGCCUAUACCCCCUAAGACUCUGAAUGAAGCAGGAAUCAUGGCUAUGUCAUACAGUGCAUGGUGGGUUCAUCAUGACCAGGUUUCAAAGACUGCUCCCACUGGAGAAUACCUUACCACUGGCGCAUUCAUGAUUCGAGGCAAGAAAAAUUACCUGCCCCACUCUCAUCUCAUUAUGGGUUUUAGCUUUCUCUUCAAACUGGAAGAAAGCUCCAUUGAACGUCACAAGGAUGAUAGGAAAGUGAGAACACAUGAAGAAGAUACAAUCUCUUCAGUUGGUUCCACUCUUGACAACAUGUCACUUUUAUCUGAGCAAGAGCAGGAUCAAGAAAUUGAAUUAGAAGAUUCAGAUGAAGAAAAUGAUGAUGGCAAUGAGGGUAGCAAUGAGAAAUGCAACGAAGAGGGCACUGGCUCUGUAGAGAACGAAGAGAAAGAUAGACCUGCGUCUCCAAACAGUAAUAGCCAGAAAGAUUCAUUAAGAGAAAGCAGAGAUCAAUCUCCAGAUGUUGAAAGUGACUCAGCGGAAGAAGAUAGCAGUCAUGAUGCUGUCAAAGAAGAGAAGGAAGUAGAAUUCCCUGAUGUAGAAUUGAAAAUCCAGCACACAGGCACUGCAGUGACUCUUGAGGUUCCAACAACCCCAAUACUCUUGGCCAAGGAAGAACCUGAGGGUGAUCAGGUGUGUUCCUUGGGUGAUGAUAAACUGUUUUAUUGCGAAGCAAUGCAGGUCAGCAAAGCCAAAAAUCAAGGGUCAAGCAGGAAGCAAAACAAAAAAAAUGAAAUGAACAAAAGAAAUCAAGGAAAACAUGAACAGCCACAACAACAGCAGCAGCAGCUUAAACGUGGACAAAAGGGAAAAUUAAAGAAGAUGAAAGAAAAAUAUAAGAAUCAAGAUGAUGAAGACAGAGAACUGAUGAUGAAAAUAUUAAAGCCUGAAGGGUCAUCCAAGGAAAGCAAGGACAAGGGCAAGAAGAAAGGCAAGGAGCAGGGCAAGGGGCAAGGGCAGAGGCAGCAGGUAGUGCGAAAGCCUCGCCCAGUACAGCCCCCAAAGGCUCAAGUAGAAGGUGAAGCAGGGGAAGAUUCCGAUGGAGGGGAAGAAGAGCGAGUGCCUGCGGCAGAAGUGGACAUGCUGGAUUCCCUGACCGGCCAACCUGUUACAGAAGAUGAGCUUCUAUUUGCAGUACCAGUUGUGGCACCCUACAGCACAUUGCACAAUUACAAGUUCAAAGUAAAGCUAACUCCUGGCACUGGGAAACGGGGAAAGGCAGCAAAGACAGCAAUGAACAUGUUCCUAAAGGACCGUAACACUACUCCACGUGAACGAGACUUGAUUAAAAGUGUGAAAGAUGAAGACUUGGCACGCAAUCUACCAGGGAAAGUGAAGGUGUCUGCUCCUCAGCUUCAAAAGUUGAAAAGAUGAGUGUAACGUGUAAAUAGAGUAACUCUAUAUUAUGUUUGUUUUUUUCAAGAUAAUAAAAUGGGUAAGAAUCACUUUGUUGUUGGUUCAUGAUUUCCUUUCACCUAGAAAUAUGAAAUUUGUGAAGUACAGUGUAGAAGAAUUUUCACAGAUUUGUAUUAAUUUACAAACACUCAAAUAGUCUUUUAAAAGUAGUCUUAGUGUACUUACAUUUUAAUUAGGAAGAUUUGUUACAACAAAAUGAAAUAUUGUAAACAAAAUAGGAGAAAGUCAAAAUCCAAGUAAAAAUCUUUAUAGAAGUAUAUCCUCUCCAAAAUAAAAUUCAUGUACAUGAUAAAUAGGAAUGAUAUAAAUCUCAUGUUUUGCCAGCAAGCUAUUAAAUUCAGAAGACAGUGUAGAAUUGAUAAAGGUUUUUUCAAACUGCUUUAGAUAGUCUUCAUUUGAGCCAUUAGCUCUUCUAGGGAAACGUCUGCAUCAGCUGCUAGAGCUCCAGCUUCCUCCUUUGCGUCAGAGGUUGUGGCAGGAAGUGAAUAUGCAGUCUUCACUCCCUGGACUAAGCCCAGCACAUCACCUGCUCCUUCAGGCUCCUCACUCGGGGCACUCUCGUCCACCAGACUGAUUCCUACAAUGUUCAGAUAAGUGAACAUCUAUCAGCCCACAUCGAAAUAUAUAUAAAGGGGUCAAAACAAUCAAAGUUAAUGGAAUUUUCAGACAUCCUUUUUUGUUUGUAAUGCCCAAACCUUAGGAAUACUUCAUGUUCUAUUAUUCUUCACAAACAGAGAAAAACUAUGUAAAACAUUAUACUAAAAGCACUCGGUAAAACUUGAAUUUUCAUUUCAUCCAUUAAAGCGUUUAAAACAAAUUUUCAUGAAUGAAGUUUUUCUAUUUUGCAGUGCAAACACUAUUCUUUAUAUGAAAAAGUAUCUAUAUCAUUCGAUACUCAUGAUAUGAGUAUACUCAUUAUGUUCUUGAAACUCAACCACACUGAAUACUCCCAUUCAUUGUCUUCAUGCACAACUGGUUCAUCUCCACCUGCUGCCAUAUCAGCCUCAGCCG